AUGGACGGGAUAAGCGCGCCUGCUGGCGGCCUGCAGUCGCGGAACGUGCAGGGCGAGAUCGCACGCGAGCCGGUUGUCUUCGACAAUCUCCUGCGCUAUAUGUUGGGUUCAGCACCGUCCCUCGUCUUGUCUCCCACCGCCCAUCAAAAUUCUCCAAUGGCGCACUACCACAGCUCGACGCCCGUGGACACGGUCAUUGAGAAGGUAAAACGGCACCCCAAGUACUUCCUCCAGGGGGGGGACAUUCAUUUUUUGGUGGAGACACACCUCUUUCGCGUUCACCGUUACUUUUUUGAACGGGAGUCAGGAUGGUUCCGCAAAAACCUGGCAGUACCCGCUCCGGCUGGCCAGAGCCCCAGGGGAUCUACGGAGACAAAUCCGUUUCCCUUAGAUGACAUUAGAUCUGACGACUUUGAAAGAUUUUUAUGGGUUUUCUACAAUCCCAAAUAUUCCAUUUACGACGCCCACCUUGACGACUGGAAAGCCAUCGUCAAACUGGCUUCCGACUGGUGUUUCACUGAAGUAAAGAAGCUAUGCCAACGCGAGUUCGAGAAGUUUGACAUUGCCCCGCUAGACAAGAUCGAGCUGUACCAGAUGUAUGAACUUGACAAGAAGCUCCUCAUUCCAUCCUACAUCGAGAUCUGUGUCCGCCCCCAGCCUCUGUCGCUCAAGGAGGGCCGUCAGAUCGGCCUCGAGACCUCGCUCUUGUUGGCGACCGCACGCGAGUGCGCGCGUGGUAUUCUUGACAACGGUGCUCGCAGCCCUGGGCCGGUAAAAUGUCAAGAUGACGACAUGGUAAACGUUGUCAGCGAUGUCUUCAGCUUGAAUGCCAUCGUCUCACCCUCGCUCCUUCCUGUGCGACACUUGUCGAGCCCGACCGCGCCAAGGUUCGACCCUUGCAUCUCCCCCUCCAAGUCGCCAUACACCUACAGCACCUUGGGCUCCGCAUCUGCCACGGCUGUGAAAAGCAUUUGCACCGGAGACGUGUUCUCGCCCGCCUCGACUGCGCCGAACGGCGCGGCGGCAACAGGUCAAUCUAACUCGAGCCUUUCCCCUCCCCCAUCGCUCAGUCGACUGAUGUCCACUUUUCAACCGCAGGAGCCGGCGCGGUUAACAACGGAGCUUCCUGCAGAGAUCUCGCAGGCAACCACACUGGCAGAGGGAAAGAGAAACUCCUCGACACCGGCGGAGGGAAGGAGAAACCCGUCGACUCCAGCGGUGGAAGCACCGGUGUCACCGGCGAAGCAGACCAACACGGCACAGCCUCAGCCCCAAGCACAACCCGAGCUACCGCCGCCGCCGCCGUCGAAGCAAACGGGAAGGAGAAGGAAGGAGGAGGAAAAGGAGGAAAAGAUGCCCCAGGUACUCCUACAGAAACCGCUGGAGACAAAGCGUCCGGGGGAGGGAACGGCGGGAAUAAUGGCGGGGUCAGAACCGGUAGCCAGAACGGGAGAAAGCGUGGCGGCAGAUCGUAGCGAUACCAGCCCUUUGCAGUCUCUUAGUCAAUCGGACGCCGCGAGCACUCCGGAUAAUGCUGGCGCUUCUCUCACCACGUCUCAGAGCGACCGAACGACACCUGCAGAACCACUGGCAGAGACGACCAACGAACCUACAGAGACUCUAUCGAGCAGCGGAGGCGUUGCGGACGCGGAUGCCACGGCGACGGAUACGAUACAACCACAGGCGUCCGAUGACGCAUCUAUAUUCGCUGAGACACCUACAAAGCCGAUGACCUCCAAAGCCAGGAGAGCAGCUGCAAAGCAGGCUAAGAAGAUGGCCGAUGCUGCUCAGAGUAACGCGCCUUCGCCAAUAGAGCAGAAUGCGCAGGACGCCUCUCCCAGUGACAACAGUGGGAAAUCGCCUGUGCAGGACAGAAGCGCAGACAUCCCGCCAUCUGGCACAUCCAACUCAUCUACUCCCAAAGGCAAAGAACCUCGUGCAUCUGAGUCUCUACAGAACGCGUCGGCUGCGGUUGCGAAGAAGGGUGACAAGAAAUCCGCUGGUACGAACAACAAGACAGACGCCUCAGCGGCUGCCCAGUCCCAGUCACCUGCUUCCAAAGUCGGCACGAGCGUUACACCAGCUAUUCCGCAUGCUUCGGGUAAUGCCACGGACGCCUCGUCGACGAAUGGCGACAAAAAGGCAGAUAAUACGGCCAACGAUAAGCGCGCAGAUGGCUCUGUGGCUGCCCAGUCUAUCGAUGUGACCGCUGCAGCCGAGACAGCUUCGUCCGCAAAGGAUGUGUCAUCGGGUGCGCCUUCCAAGGAUGGUGACAUAAAGACGGACGACCCCACAGUUGCUAAGCCCGACCCAUCUGUUCCCACAGUCGACGCGACCACUGCAGUCGGGAUAGGCGCGCCUCCGCCUCCUACGAAGGAUGGAGACGAGGAAACGCCUGCGGCGAAUGACACGAGCCCGGACGCGUCUGUACCUGCCAAAUCCGGCCAGUCUGCUCCCAAAGCGGAGGGAACAGUCGCAGCCGAGACAGCAGCGUCUACGCCUACGUCCACUGAAGGAAAGGCGCCGGAUGUCCCACCCAAGAGCGAUGAGAAGGAAACACUUGUGGCGAAGGAGAAGAACGAGAGCCCAGACGGUGCUGGAACAUCGAGCGCUGGGGAGGAAGACAAGGCCGAGGACGAUACACCCGAGACAGGAGGGGACGCGCAGAGAGGUGCUGAGUCUUCCGGCGAAACGACCACAGGCGGCCCCACCGGGACCACCCCCGAGCCUCACAAGGGCGUAUCGACCGGGACCGGAGCUGGCGCGGGUGCAAGCGCGAAGGCAGCGUCCGUUACACCGCCCGACGCGCCUUCGAAUCAGACAAACGCCAAGGCAAACCCGGCAGACAAGAACGAGCAACAGGCGCCAGGAAUUGUGCGCGGAGCGUGGGGUAAGCCUCUUAAUGCUGGACAACAGUCGACUAGCACUGGCAGGCCGCAGACGCCGGAGAGAGCCAAACUCGCUGUGAACACCAAUGCGUGGGGAGUUGGCAGAGGUGCUGGUGCGAGGUCGUCCACGCCGAGUGACAGUCAGAAGCCGGGGGAAGCUGGAGGGAGGGCCAGCGCGAAGACUGCGUCAGCAGGCGGUCGUGGUUGGGGUGGGUUCAUGGACGCCCUUCUCGGAGGUGACCGAGAGUAA